CAAAAACACUACAGCAUUACAAAGUUAUGAACGUAAAUAGAUACAAAGCUAAGCGUGCGACGUUGCCGCUUCGUGCAUCGUUCGUACCGUCGUGGCACAGCCCCGUCCCGUCCCCCGCGCGAUUACGAUACGACGACAUCACCACGAUGUUAUGUACAUGAGUAAAGUUAGGAGCAGAGUUCAUUUGUUUCGUGUGUUUCAUAUAUGUUUAUGAAUUUCAAAAUUAGACAUAUUCUUAGAAAUUAAAUAUUACUUAAAAGUCUUUAAAAAUGUUACCUUUUUAGGAAAAAAAAACCUUUAAUAUUUAAAUAAACUUUUGAAAAAUUGUGAAGGUGUAAUGGUUAAGACGCACGCCUGCGGUUAAGAAGCAAACUCGUGCCACAUGUACUUAUAUUCAUUUUUAUCGACCACCGCUUGCUUCCGGUGAAGGAAAACAUCGUGAGAAAUGCAGGCUGCACUGGUUGAUUGUCAACUUUUGUGUAAAAUGGAGAAGGCAAUAGCAAACCACUCCAUUAAUAAUGCCAAGAAAGUCGUCGUGUGUGUUUCAUACCACGUGAUGGCCACGACCUUCAGCCUAAGGAAUACGAAUAUGAAGAAGAAUUUAAUAAUUUGAAUAUUAUCUAUCAAAUAUAAUUUUUUUUCGUCGUUUAAUCUAUAGAUAUAAUCACUCACGGGACAAUCCAUUGUGAAAAUACACAACCAGCGAGUGAGUGUGUGAGGUUGAGGUAAAGUAAAAACAUCGUGUUGCCGCUUCGUGAGACCGAUAUCGGGCAGGGCCCGCCCCGUGCUUCGUUGCCGCUCAGUCGCCCCGUGAACGCCACGGCACGUCCACGUCGCGCAAACAGAAAAAUAACCUUAUUCAGAGCUGGCAACGCGCGUGUGACAACCCUGCCGUUGCUGCGUACAUAGGCAGCGGUGACCACUUCUCAUCAGCUGAGCCACUUAACUAUUUAUCUGCUCAGUAUAAGUACGUCAAGAUGCCUCUCCCGUUCACUAAGACUUUGGACCUGAGACUGAUAAAACUAGUGAAAGACAAUCCAAUGUUGUACGACUUAAAACAUAUGAAGUAUAUGGAUGUUGAUACCAAAGAAGUUGUGUGGCAGAAGAUUGGCGACGAGCUGAAUAGGCCGAGUCAAAUGUGCAGAUCGCGUUGGGUGAACAUGCGUGACAUGAUGCGCAAGAGAGUGAAGGAGCGAGUUAGAAAUCCAAGCAACAAUCGCCCUUACAAAUACGAAGACGAACUAUCAUUCCUGUUCCCCUACUUCAAAGACAUCACCUCCAGCGAGGAUUCCAAAUAUUCUGAAUACUACGAAGAGGAAACGGAUAUCGAUAUGCCUAAUGAUAUGUUCGUCGAAUAUAAUAAAGAUAGAUUGUUAACAAUGCCGGUAACAAAUGAAAAUCGUAAUGAAAGCGCAAGUAAUUUCGAAGCGCUGUCGCAGGAAUUGAGCGCGACUGAUCCUUUAGAUGUGUUUUUGAUAACAAUAGGCACGACUUUGAGGAAGUUCACGCCUUAUUAUUUAAAUCAGGCGAAAAGCAAGAUAUUCCAAGUAGUCCAGGACUAUGAGUUGCAACAGAUUGUUGAUAAGGAUGAUAAGGCUGGGUUAAGUGACUCGAAGAGAUGAGUUUCGUUACCGUUAUAUGUACGGUAAUAAAUGAUUGUAAGUAAUCUGCCUCGUUUGCUGUUUGUUGGAGUGUUGAUCUGCUAUCAAAUGGUAUUUGGCAUCGGAUAGAACGUCUCAGAAGGAGUUGAACGAGAAUUUUGCCCAGUAGUGGGACGGAUCUACUGAUACGUAGACUGGCUUGAUUCCGUGACCGUUUAUUGGUGUCGGGUGGGACUGUAGAAAAGGAAAAAGCGGCCAAGUGAGAGUCGGACUCGCCCAUUAAGGGUUCCGUUGUUGAUCGAUGUUUUACGAGGAAAUAAGUUAUUGAUAAGUAGGUAAAAAAAAAAACCUUCAUAUUAUUUUUGACGAACUAUCCAUAGAUACCCCACACGUAUGGGUGUAAAAAAUGUUUUUUGAGUGUCAGUUUUAAGUAUAGGGCCCCCUAAAAUUUAUUGUUUUUUUUUUCUAUUUUCGUGUAAAAUCUUAAUGCGGUUCACAGAAUACAUCUACUUACCAAGUUUCAAUAGUAUAGUUCAAAUAGUUUCGGAAAAAAGUGACUGUGACACGGACGGACAGACAGCAGACAUGAAUCUAUAAGGGUUCCGUUUUUGCCAUUUGUCUACGGAACCGGAAAGACUUCGAGUGAUUGGAUUUUUAACACUUACUCGUAUGGAACUGAAAUGUUUUAGAAUAAUAUAAUAAAUACUUAAGUUUUAAUUGGUUUUAUUGUAGUACAUUACGUUGUACAACUUUUAAUAAAUAUUGGGUUUAAAA